CGGCUCGUCUCGGGGCGGAGGGCGAGAUGUGGGCGAGGCCGAGCUGCUUAGGGAGUGAGCUUGUGGGGAGGCCCGAGGGGAGCGUCCGGGCCGUGCAAGAGAAACUUUGCAGGCCACGUGCCCAUGGAACACAUUUCAGACAUGUUCAGUCUUUCUCAGUGACAGGAGGCAGCGAUGGGAGCAAUAACACAAGCUUGGAGAAGGAUGAUGACAGAGUGAGUUUGGCAGAAGCAUCUCUCUUGAAUAAGCUGAUACGGAAGUCCCUAGUGGAAUCUUAUCAUCAUGUGGAGGUUCUACAGCAAGAUCCCAGAUCACCACUGUUUUCUGUAAGAACCUUUGAAGAGCUGCAUUUAAAGAGUGAACUGCUGCGAGGUGUUUAUAGCAUGGGUUUUAACAGGCCCUCCAAGAUACAGGAAACAGCACUGCCAAUGAUGCUUGCUGACCCACCCCAAAACCUUAUAGCGCAAAGUCAGUCGGGAACUGGCAAAACUGCUGCGUUUGUUCUAGCUAUGCUGAGCAGAGUAAACCCAAAGGACCAGUUUCCACAGUGCCUCUGCCUCUCUCCCACCUUUGAACUGGCUAUUCAAACGGGUCGUGUGGUUGAGAAAAUGGGAAAAUUCUGUGUCAACAUAAGGGUUACUUACGCUAUUCGAGGCAACAGAAUUCAAAGGGGGACUCUGAUAGAAGAACAAAUAGUAAUUGGAACACCAGGGACCCUGCUAGAUUGGUGUUUUAAGCUACGGUUUCUUGAUGUGAAGAAGAUCAAAGUGUUUGUGCUGGAUGAAGCAGAUGUCAUGAUUGAUAAACAGAAUUUCCUGGAUCAGAGUAUCCGUAUACAGAGAGCUUUAUCAUCAGAUUGCCAGAUGCUUCUCUUCUCAGCAACCUUUGAGGAGCCUGUGCUACAGUUUGCACAACGCAUGAUGCCCGAGCCCAACAUAAUAAAGCUCCGCCGAGAGGAGCUGACCCUCAGCAAUAUCAGGCAGUACUAUUUUGAAUGCGAGAAUAAGGAAGACAAAUUCAGAGCCCUGUGCAACAUCUAUGGCUGCAUCACCAUUGGCCAGGCAAUCAUUUUCUGUCAGACUCGCCAGAAUGCUAAAUGGCUGUAUGGUUCACUGAAAAGAGAUGGGCACCAAGUGUCUCUGCUGAGUGGGGAACUGACGGUUGAACAGCGGGCAGACGUAAUCCAGCAGUUCCGGGAUGGGAAGCACAAAGUCCUCAUCACAACCAACGUCUGCGCUAGAGGCAUUGACGUGAAGCAGGUCACAAUUGUGGUCAACUUUACCUUGCCUACGAAAAUGACCCAGGAACCUGACUUUGAGGCCUACCUGCACCGCAUCGGUCGAGCAGGCCGGUUUGGAAAGAAGGGCCUGGCCUUCAAUAUGGUGGAAAGGCAUAAUUUACCCCUCCUGUUUGCAAUCCAGGAUCACUUCAAGAUCUUCAUCAAGCGUCUUGAUCCAGAAGAUAUGGAAGAGCUAGAAAAAAUAGAAGACUGAAUUCUUCCAGUUUUGUGUUAAAGUCCUGUAACCAUAUCAAGACAUUUUUCCCAAUUAUACAUCGUUUUGUCAAAAAAAAAAUUCCCUUAUUUUUGUUUUGCUUCUGUAAACUGUUCCAGUGGUGCAUAGAAUGGUUUACAUGAUUAGCAGGAAAAGCCCUGAGCUUUCCAGACCAUUUAUCUCAAAGUCCCUUAUCAUCUACAUAGAUGUCCUGCACCAUUUUUACCCUGCUCUGCAAAUGACUGCAGUAAUUUGGGGCCUUUGUUUUUUUUUCCCCUGAGAAAAAUGGAGGAACUUAGUGAUUCACACUGUAAAGUUGAUUUUACUUAAAUGCCUUAGUACCCCAUGUCAGAUAUUUCCAUCACACAGUUUAAUAAUCCUCCGCAGUCAGUUGCACCAGGAUCAUGGGAAUCCUCAGAUCCAAAUACAUAUGAUAUUGGGCUUUGAGGGGGCCAGCAUUCUGUGCUAAAUCUGUAUCAUUUGAGCUAAAGCUGAGGUUAAUAAAGUGACUGUUGGAAAACAACACAAACAA